AAAGCUGCCGGGGUAUUUUACCAGUGACCUUCUCAACAUGGCGCAGCUUUCCUUCCCUGACGUCAUUUGUGGGCGGUCUCUGCGUUCUGCCUUAUAUACAGGACUCAGCUUCCGGUCUCCCUCCUUUUCUGCAGCGGCCGCAUCCGGAGAACAUGCCUCUCGCUAAGGAUCUCCUGCACCCCUCCCCCGAGGAGGAGAAGCGCAAACACAAGAAGAAGCGCCUGGUCCAGAGCCCAAACUCCUACUUCAUGGAUGUCAAAUGCCCAGGUUGUUACAAGAUCACCACCGUGUUCAGUCACGCGCAAACUGUCGUCCUGUGUGUCGGCUGCUCCACCGUCCUGUGUCAGCCCACGGGGGGCAAAGCUCGGCUCACAGAAGGGUGUUCCUUCAGAAGAAAGCAGCACUAACCGUUCCUGGCUGGAGAUGCGUCGGGAGUAAGCUGUGUAAGGACUGACUGACCAAUGUGAAGGAUGCAGUACAGUGUGGGGGAGGGGGUCACCCCAAUCCUAUCUGGACCCUGUAGCUUUACCCCUGUCUGUCAAUAAAUUUUGGAUACAAAUUGCUUUCAGCUCUUACCUGUUAUUUCAAGGGAUGUCUGAUUAACUCUGAGAAUGGAUGCAAUCCGGUCCCCCCAUCGAUAUUUAAGGGUGGGGGUGUACUCUGUGCUACAUUUUGUGCUUCACAUUAAAUAUUAUUCUGAUCUCA